CUGUGGGCGCACACAGGUCAGUUCAGACAACCCGCUGCGGCGAGUAGGAAAACUUACCAUCAUUUUUAUAUCCAACUGUAUGCUGCGGAUACUUCAAAGCGAACAACGGAUACAAUAACUUUAUUUUCCUCUCCUGAAAUGAAGGACAUAUUCACCCCAGAUUGAACAGGCGAUAUCUUUAUGACUUUCAUUCAUUCAUUCUUUUAACUUAUCACUUAGAGGUACAGCUUCUGCAGUUUUUCUUGCAUUUACGGGAGUUUUGACACCCACAGGAUGGCGGAUAACAAGCACCCGCACGUUAUUUUCUGUAACGACUCGCCAAAAAGAGUUUUGGUGUCUGUUAUUAAGACCACACCGAUCAAACCCAGGAGAGCAGAGGCCCUGACUCCGACAAGUCCCGGUUUCAGCGACUUCAUGGUGUACCCGUGGAAAUGGGGGGAGAACGCCCACAAUGUGACUCUGAGCCCGGGCUCAGUCAGCGGCGCCUCUUCACCCACAGGAGCCAAGACUGCCAGAGAAGCGGACACGGAGCCUUCACCUGAGCAGAUCAGGGAUGGCAUCCGCAGAGGGCGUCCCCGGGCUGACACUGUCCGAGAGCUCAUCAAUGAGGGGGAGAGUUCAGCCAGUCGUAUUCGCUGUAACAUCUGCAACCGCGUGUUUCCAAGAGAAAAGUCUCUGCAGGCUCACAAGAGGACACACACAGGAGAGAGGCCCUACCUGUGUGACUACCCAAACUGUGGGAAGGCGUUUGUGCAGAGUGGUCAGCUGAAGACCCACCAGCGGCUGCACACUGGGGAGAAACCCUUUGUCUGCUCGGAGAAAGCAUGUGGCAAUCGGUUCACACAUGCCAACCGUCACUGUCCCAAGCAUCCUUACUCCCGUCUGAAGCGAGAGGAACCAAAGGAGGAGCAGGGGAAGGCUCAGUCUGUGGAUAACAAGGCUGUGGCUGAAUGGCUGGCAAAGUACUGGCAAACCCGUGAGCAGCGUGCCCCCACAACCACCAAGGGGAAGCCACAGGGCAAGUCCAGAGCAGAGGACCAGGAGCAGCAGGACCCUAUGGAGUUCCUCCAGUCCGAUGAAGAGAACGGGGAGGAUGAAGAGAUGGCAGAGGAGGAGAAGGGGAGCCAGGGAGGAGCCGCCAAGCGCCGCCUCCAGGAGCAGCGAGAGCGUCUCCAUGGUGCUCUGGCACUUAUUGAUCUGGCCAACAACCUGUCUGCCUGAACCCCUACCCACUUCCUGAUCCCUGACAUUCCCUGUCUCCAUUCCCAGCCCGCCUUCCUGCAGUAUGUGCUGUAUCUAGAAGUGUUCAUGAAUGCAGAUCAAUGACUAGUUUAGUUUAUUCUACCAAGUCGUGAAAUCAGACUUUGAGAACGAGCUGAACUAGCCUGAGAUCAGUGUUUUGCACAGCAUCAUCUAUCGUCACAGCACCAGGAAGGCACAAGCUAAAGCACCUUAUUCAGCUUCCAUUUAUCCUUUUAGGCUGCUAUAAUUGUAGAUUUGACUAUAUGAAGAAUGUUUUCUUUCUCCUGUCUUCUAAAGGCAAAGGAAGAGUACCUAUUAUGUAGGGAUGCACCGAUACAUCGGCGAGACAUCGGCAUCGGUCGAUGUUAGUCCUAUUUACCACAAUCGGCACAUCGGUAAAAUAAGGUGACAUCACCGAUGGCAGUCGCCGAUGUUUAUAUUUUGCUACGUGACCGGGAUAAGUCGCAUUAGCCUCGUUAUUUUUAAAUCUGACGGACCAAAUCUGAAGUCAGGGCAUCAUUUUAAAGGAUUAGAACAGUGACUAGGUCUCCCGUAACUUUAAAGUCAUUCGGUGGGGGGGAGGGGCGUCUCCUCUCCUCUGUGAGGAGCUGCUGCUGCACGCUGCGCAUGCUGCAGGACUUCUGCAUUUUAGCAAUCGGUGCAUCCCUACUAUUAUGUUUUAAUUUGUUUUGUUUGCACUUUGAUGGUAACGAGUUCUUUGAGUGUUUUGUGAGUGUAACAGAGUGUGAAUGAUUGAUGUAUAAAUGGAUUAAGCUCAGAUGGACAGAGUGAUACAGGGUGUGGUCAAACAUAGGACUUGUUAAAGUUCCAUUCCAACUGUCAGAUGGCCUCGCAUCAUGCUCCCAGGUUUCAUCUCUAGCAUUGUACGCAAGCUUUCUCUUCCUCUGAUUACAGCGGUGGUGGUAGAAAGCGACUGAGAAAGGUUCAUUUUAAGCAUCACCUAGACAGCAUGCUCUUAGAAGUGAGUGUAUGUGGACUAAAGGAGACAAAACAAGUCAGGGGGGCUCUAUAGUCUGGCAAUUGGUUCAUUUUUAUAUGCGAUAAGAUGGGACCAUUGCAAGCCUAAUCCAGAGGUCUUUAAAAACAUCCAUACUUUGACAGCUUUACCACUUCAUCAUGAUUCACACAAAUUCGUAUUCAAUUAACAUUACCAGAGACACACAGGAAGUUCACCUGGAGCCAUUUCUAGUCUUCUAACAUAUUCAGUUAAGCAAUUGUCAAUCAUUAGAGGUCGAGAGUACCUCUAAUGCCAUAUUUUCAUUGGAACAGAUGUUUACCUUCAACAGUAAAAUCAGCAGACCUAAAGUUGAUUCCACGCAGAUGGGAGAUAUUUCACGUCACCUUUUAUAUUAAAGGGGGACAGACCAGAUGUUAUAUGGGCAUAGAAACAUAGUGUUGCAUCUAUGUCAUCUCAUUUCAAAAGAUUAAGUUAUGAUAUAUUUAUUUCACCAUAUUUUUUUUUUACUGGCUAACAAUUUGUUUAACUUUGAUAGCCUUGAAAUCUUUUGACAUGUAAAGGGAAAUAUUGUGGCACCAGAGAAAACUGUAAACCUUUAAAAUCCAUUUAGGUUUGUCACAUACAUUCAGGCACCCCAUUUUACUUAGCACUUGCACCCCUAUUUGAGUAUUGGAUUAAGCUUGCAAUGCACUGAAAAUUUGAUUUGUCGUACGAGUCCAAAAAGAUGGCACUUGUUUUUGAUGAACUGAUUUUUGUAGUGCUUGGUGUUUUAAUUUUCUUUCUUUUUUGAAACAACACUACAUCCUUAGACACUGUAUGAAGCCUCUCAUAACUGCCCUGUCAACAAACGGUCACUGUGUGUAGCUGUGAUGUUUGAAUCUUAGUCUGAUUUACAAAUGGCCUUAGUGGAGUUACGGUAAAACUGGAAGGCAGGUUCAUUGUUGAUAAUCAAAACACCAAAUGAUUUAUUUGUACCCCAUUAUAGUAUAUUUUGAAGCAUUUCUAACCCUUAGUCUAUUUUGUGGUUUGAGAAGAUUAUGGCAUUGAUUUAAUAUAUACACCUUUUGUUUGUUAGAAUGUUGAGUGUGCACAAUUUACGAAGAGCUUUGAAGUUAAUUUUUAGUUUAAGUUGUUGUUCUCCCCUAACAUCCUCCAAUGAUUUUAGCAUGUAAAGAGUGAUCCUGCUUGCUUGGUAGACAUUUUAUUACACAUUUAAAAGGUAAUAUUUCUCUGACAGGCUGUCCACACUGUUAUAUAUUUGUUGGUUUUAAAUAAACGUUCACUGAACCUGAACCCAGAA